CGCACACGUACGGCCAUGGACAACACGUCGCGCCGCGCGCCAAGCCCGACGCCAUCCGUGGCUUCGUCGAAUGGAUCCUCCUCGCAUGUGGCGCACGCCCCGCCGCCGCCGAAUGUGCCCAACUAUCCGCCGCAUCCUUACCAUCCCCACCACCACCAACAGCAGCAGCAUGUACCAAUGUACCACCACCCUCCACCCCUACCGCCGCCGCAACAUCUCCAACAGCAUCACCUUCCUCCCCAUCAACCCCUUAUGCAUCCACCCCACUUGCCUCCAUCAUCACACAUGCUGAGUCAGCUCUUUCCGAACUUGGCCUUGCAACAGCCACCUCCAGGACGAACACCUCCUGGUCCGUUCCCAGGUCCGCGUAGCAGUGGGUACCCCACGGGUGAACCUGAGUUGACGUCAGCAUCUGAACCGCAGCACCACAUCCCUUCGUCGUCAUCUUCGUCGCACCCGCACUCGUUGCCCAUACCGACGCUCCAUCGACCGGUGAGCGCAGGAGGUGCGACGAUGCCGCCACCCCCGAUCCCGCCGCUCCGUUCGGCGUCGAUUUCGUCUCCCGGGGUGGUGCGUCCUGGUUCCCGUCUCGUUGGCCAUACCCCGGUGUACGACCCCAAGCUCGACCCCGACACGCGAUCCCUGGAAGUGACUCCCAUUACGCUGUACGUAUCGGAGCGCGCGUCCGACAUCGGGUCGUUGAUCUCUGUGAAUGAGCACUACAUUUCGUACCCCAUUCGGAACGGGCUCAUCCGCGUGAUCAACCAGUCGAGCGUGAACCGCAUCCUCCUUCGCAAGCACGAGCAACAUGCCGUCACCGAGCUCGCGUUCUUCAACGCGACGACCGAUCUCUUGCUCAGUGCCGGGACAGACAACUACAUUGUUGUGUGGCGGCUCGCCGAAGACAUGUACGCGUCGAAACCCAUGUCGCGCGAGAUUGUGCGGACGCUUCCCGUGCGUGCGCAGCGCGUAAAGUGGCACCCCGUCGACUCGACCAAGAUCGCGAUUGCUCAAGACGCGUCGGUAUUUGUGAUUGAUCUAACGACUCCGAACGGCGCGGACGAUCCAUUCGACUUGCGCGGGAGCAGCGUCGGGUGCAACCAGAGCAAGAGCGUCAUUCACGACGUAGUGUUCACGCCGGAUGGCCAGCAUGUGGUCACGGCGGGUGCCGACGGGUUGGUGCACGUGUACCAAGUGGGUUCGUUCGGGCGCGGCGAAGAAGCCGACUACGUGCGAGGGUUCAACCCGCUCAACAGCGCGCCGCUCAACAGCUUGAACUUUCUCCCGCACGCGGCGCAACUGAGCUUGGUCAUUGGGGGUCAAGGCAACACAGUGUUGAGCAUGUGGAGUUCGCCAGUGGACGAGCCCCAAGCACUUCAAACCGUCCGAAUCAACUCGACGCAUGCCCAUGAAGUAGUUGUCGAUGCCACCCACGAGUUCAUCUACGUCGCCGACCGCAGCCUCGCCACGCUGUUGGUCUUCCACAUUCGCCCGCCCCAGCCUCGCGGCGGCAGCGCCACCCUCGACCACGUGACCGAGUUCUCGCUGGCGUUCCCGAUCCUUUCCAUGACUGUCAUGAAUAAACCCCACGACGACGCGAUGCAGCUCUACUGCAUUCAAACGCAAGCCAUUCAGCGAUACCACGUGCCGUCCACGACGGUGUACAUUGCACCGCCUCCAACUCUCGCGCCGUCGCCCCAGCAGCCUCCCGCUCGCCCGCUCCAUCAUCCCCAGAGCCCGUCGAGCCAUCCCGCGGCUUCCUCGUCGUCCGGCUCGUCCCAUCCAUUGCCAUCGCAGUACGACACACUUGGGCAGUCGGUUGGUGCAUUGACCGCAGAGGACGACGACACCAAGUACGAGCAGUCCGCCGCCGAGUCUCCGCGCGCGCUGGUCAACUUGCCACCGUCUCCUGAAACAGAACUGGACAUUUCCAUCACCGUGAACGACUUUAAUGGUAGCGACGAAGGGCUGAGCUCAAUGCUUGCGACCGACGGCGGCGGCGGGUCUGUCGGCGGCCGCAGCACGAGCAGCACGAACGGCGAUAACGAAGACCACCGUGACAUGGACGCAAUGAUCACGCAGACUCAGCUGCACCGGCACGGCAACAACCCCGCUGGCAACUCGUCGCCUCGAUCUGUGUCGUCACUACCGAUGCCGCCCCCGAUCCCGACGGCAGAACAUGCAUCGUCGCCGACGUCCGUGUCGAACCACGAGGGCUUUCUCGACGACUCGGGCCUUGGUGACAGCGGAAAUGGGUCGGCGGCGAUUCUGGCGCAGCUGCGACGCCUCGAGCUCCAACAGCGGGGACACCACGAUCAAAUGAAGGACCAGUACGCUGCUUUUGCGGCGCAAGUCAGUGUCCAGCUCGACAAAACGGUCCGAAAACACUUGCAGGGCGUCGUCGUGCCGGCAAUCGGUCGCAUCGUGCUUCACACGAUGGAGAACAGCGUGUUGAAGCCGAUACAAAAGGCCGUGGAAGACGCCUUGGCCGCCAAUGGAGCGCCCGCGUCGACGCACAGCCAGGACGUCCGCGAUGCGUUCCGAGACACGUUCCAGAGCCACAUCAUUCCAUCGUUCCAAGCAGCAACGCAGCGCAUGUUUGAGCAAAUUCAAGACACGUUUGUCAAGGGCACGCGGGCCAAGAUCAUCGAGUCGAAUGGCAACUUGACCGAGUUCCAAACGCAGCUAGAGCAACUCACUCACACCCUCGGCCAAGUGAGUCAACAAUUGGCGACCCUCCCCGCGCUCGUUGGUGCGAACGGCGCGACGGACGGCGCCGCAUCGCUCGCAGACGAACCCGACAACGCGACCCACGUGUUUGAGCAGCAGUGCCACGCCAUCCAAGCACUGCUGGAUAACCACCAGUACGAAGAAGGCUUCCAGCUCGCCCUCGGCGCCGAGAACGUUGCGCUCGUGCGCCAUGCGUGUCAACAUGUUGAGCCGACCGCGGUGUUGGGGAAGCGACCGUCGUCGCUGUCCCAGAUGAUUGUGCUGUGUUUAGUGCAGCAGCUGGGCAGCGACGUGCUCAACCUGGAGCACUUGGCGCUCCAUCUUCAGUGGCUGCGGGAAUCGCUGCUCGUCAUGAAUCCAAAGGAUCCGGCGAUUGCUCCAUUUGUACAAAGCGUCAUGCAUGAGCUCAAAGCGACAUUGGGCCAAAUUCCCGACGACGCGCGCGACUCGCAGUACACGCUCGUGCACCACAUUUUAAACUCGAUGCUGAGCUUCGCCUAGAAUUGGUCCCUUAAACUAUUGCGAAUUUCAACUCGACACUACGUGCCGAUGCAGGGGAACCCGGCGAUGCCACACCAAUAUCUUGGACACAUCCCAUGUCUCGGCCACACGCUCCCACGAAAACGACGAAAGUGUGCAUGUCCAGCUCAACCAAGCCGCUUCAUUGUGCCAUUGUUCUUGAUGUUUCACAGUACCGACGGCGCUGCUGGUAGCGUAUACGUCCAUGCGAGGUAGACUUGUCGGCGAGGCAUCGCACCGCUGUCCAAGGUCAAGACUUGAUGUAUGCAAUCACAUGCGCCAGAGCCCAGACACUCGUUGUCCGUGCCCUAUACACGCCGCCGAAGCCCUCCACAGACCUCCCAUCCGCCGUGCGAUCGCGGUCGCAGGAAUUUCGGAAAAAAUAAUUACGAGC